UUUUUCCCGGUGAAUGCCGAUUGAUCGUUGAUGGCUCUGGCUAACGAAAUGCUGGACGAGUCAUGGGAGGCUUUGAACUUCAGUGUGCUGGGAAACUGGAGUCAGACUAACGAGUCCCUAAACAGGACAGAAACUGGACCCCCACCUUUCCUGACCGACGCCUGGCUUGUACCCCUGUUUUUUGCCCUCAUCAUGCUCGUAGGGCUGAUUGGAAAUUCUCUGGUUAUAUAUGUUAUCUCAAAGCACAGACAAAUGAGGACUGCCACCAACUUUUACAUAGCUAACCUGGCGUCUACGGACAUUAUGUUCUUAGUGUGCUGUGUGCCCUUUACUGCCACACUGUAUCCGAUGCCCAGCUGGGUAUUUGGCGACUUCAUGUGCAAAUUCGUGGCCUACUCUCAGCAGGUGACAGUGCAGGCCACAUGUAUCACUCUAACAGCAAUGAGCGCAGACCGCUGCUACGCCACGUUGUACCCCCUGAGGUCACUGCGGCAUCGCACCCCAAGGGUGGCCAUGAUUGUCAGUAUCUGUAUAUGGAUAGGAUCCCUUCUCCUGUCCACACCUAUCAUACCGUACCAGCGGAUCCAAAAAGGCUAUUGGUACGGGCCGCGCACUUAUUGCAUAGAGCAGUUUCCCACCGAUACGCUGAAGAAAGCGUGCAUCCUCUAUCAGUUUCUGGCGGUCUAUCUUCUGCCGCUGCUGACAAUAUGCCUCUGUUAUUCACUCAUGUUGAAGAGAGUUGGGCAGCCGGUGGUAGAACCCAUGGACAACAAUUAUCAGGUGCAACUGCUGUCUGAACGAACAAUUGCUAUGAGGAGUAAAAUUUCCAAGAUGGUUAUAGUGAUCGUCCUUCUUUUUACAAUUUGUUGGGGUCCAAUUCAGAUCUUCAGCCUCUUUCAGGGGUUCUACCCAGGCUUUCAAGCUAACUACGCAACCUACAAGAUCAAAACCUGGGCUAACUGCAUGUCCUAUGCCAACUCCUCCAUUAAUCCUAUUGUCUAUGGUUUUAUGGGAGCCAGCUUCCGAAAAUCUUUCAAGAAAGCAUUUCCUUUCAUGUUUCGGAGUAAAAUUAGGGAUGGGAGUAUCACUUCUGGAACAGUGAACAAUGAAAUGAAAUUUGUAGCUAUGGAUGCACCCAAUAAUGGGCUGAACUAAGCUGAGUGACCUCUAAUAUCUCUUAAUUUUAGCAGAGAGUUUCUGUGGAAGAAAUGGAAAAAAGAUGUUCUAAGUCCAAUCAGAUGUUCAUAAUGUGUCUAUUACAAAAGGAAGAUUUUCAACAUGAAUAGGAAAUAAAUUGAAAAUGCAGUUAGGCAGUUACACAUUUCAGAACAGCUCAAAGACUGUACACAUAAAACGUAAUAUUCCUAUACAUAUGUAGAAAAAGGAUCAUAAUCUAUUUUUUCAAAAGAUCUCUCUGUGGAACAUUCAGCUGCUUAGUGUGAGACAUCUCUAAAACCAUUUCAAUGAGGUUGUGUUAUGUUUGACCAUUACAAUAUGUGUUUCUCCAUGAUGUGCCUUGCCUCGGUUUGCAUCUUGUAAUGACGAGAAAGGGAAAAAAAAAGAGAAAAAGUACAAAUGAAUCUAACCGGAUGGCAUAUUGUGACCUGGAGACUGGUUCCUCUUGUUAGGAUACUCAAAUGUUGGGAGUCAGGUGGUCUUAGAAAACUCCAAGCAUGCUUGGGGAGAAGAGGGGUCUGGUUCUACCUAUAAACAGUGACCGGUGGACUCAGAAACAGAUUGCAGCCUUGGCCUAUACUGCCUUCAUUAAUUGACAUGGUGUAUGAGAAAUGAGUGUGUCCUGUCUAAAUAAUGUACACAUUGUAAAAUAAAUAAUUAUCAUUGUUCAAUGAAUAGUAACUGUA